AUGUCGAUCUCAUGGUACGUCCAAACGAUCGACGACCGCUACGAUGACAAGCGCAGCCGGAGGUCUAGUUUCGCGUUGUCCGAUAUCUUUGAGCUGGACGAAGAAGAAGCCGUCGACAUCGAGAUCUCUCCAAUCCUUCCGCCUUCACCAAGCUCCGGUAGCUCCAUUUCCACCACCGACAGCGUCAAGUCGCGCGUGAAAGCCGUAUUCUCCGACAUUGCCCUCGUCGCGAGGCGACAGCUUCGGCGUGUCCGCUCCGCCAACACUAUCCAUAUUGCCUAA